AUGAUCAUCGGCCAUUCACCCACCUUGCAGCACGACUACGACUACUACGACUACGACUACUACGACUACGACUACGAUUACUACGACUACGACUACGACUACUACUACGACUACUACGACUACUACGACUACUACGACUACUACGACUACUACGACUACUACGACUACGACUACUACUACCUAUCCAUCUACCUAGCAGUACUCUAG